GAAUUGAGCCAUCAUGUUUUAUGCACAUUUUGUUUUGGCCAAAAAGGGCCCGUUGGCCCGUAUCUGGUUGGCUGCGCAUUGGGACAAGAAACUAACUAAAGCUCAUGUCUUUGAAACAAACAUUGAAAAAUCUGUGGAUGGUAUCCUGCAGCCAAAGGUAAAAAUGGCAUUGCGCACAUCUGGACAUCUACUAUUGGGUGUGGUCCGUAUCUACUCAAGAAAAGCUAAAUAUCUGUUAGCAGACUGCAAUGAAGCUUUUGUGAAGAUUAAAAUGGCCUUCCGUCCUGGCAUGGUAGAUCUGCCAGAAGACAUUAGAGAAGCAGCUGUAAGUGCUAUCACUUUACCGGAGGUUUUCCAUGACUUCGAUACUGCCAUGCCUGAGUUAAAUGAUGUUGAUAUCCAGGCACAGUUUACUUUGAACCAGUCAAGAGCAGAAGAAAUUACCAUGAGAGAAGAUUAUGGCAAUAUUUCUUUAGUAACAGGAGAUGAUGGAUUUGGUGAUAUGGGCUUUGAGGAACCUCCAGAUAUUAUGAGGGAUGCAUCUCCUAUGGACCAGACUCUUGAUCAUUCCAAUCUCAUCUUUGGUGAGGGGACUCCAUUAGAUAAAGAGAAAGAAGCUAAUGUCUCCAAAGAACAGGAUUCGAGAUUGGCUGCAGGCCGUGCUGAUACUACAGCUUUAGAUCUAGAGGCGCCCAUUCGUGAUGAUGGUUUUGGGGGUAAUUUGGGUCAGGAUAUCAUUGCCGGGGGCUUAUUUGAAGGUGGGCUUUUUGAUGACACUCCCAUUGGAGAUGGCCCCAGCCUUGAUGAACCUAAAGAAGAAAGACAUGAUGAUUCUGAUGAUGAUGCUGGGGAUCUAGAUAGAUUUGGAGGACCUCCAUCUGUUGGCCCACCAACCUCUGAUGAUGGUUCUAGGCCAUCAUCUCCAAAACCUGAAGUUCAGGACCCAGCAGAAGCUGCAGAGGCACCUCCAGCAGAAAGUUCAGAAACUCCUGCUCAAGAUGCUAAUGAUGAAGCUGCUGGUCAUGAACAGACAACACUACUUCAAAAUGAAGAAGAAAGCUUUGCAUUGGCCCCUGUAGACGCCUCAGCUAUUAAGUCUGGUUGGCCAAGAGCUAAAAGAAAGAGGAAACUUAUAGUUGAUGAAGUGAAGAAUAUCUCUGGAGAGGAGAUGAAGGCUCAGCUCUCUGACACCACUGACAUAGUGACCACUCUUGACCUGGCUCCUCCCACAAAACGUUUGAUGCACUGGAAAGAAACUGGAGGAGUUGAAAAGCUGUUUGCUCUGCCAGGGAGACCGAUUCAUGCAAGACCACUGGCACGGAUUUACCAGCGUCACCUCACGUCAGAGCCAUCACAAAAUGAAGAUUUUGGUAUGGCUGGAGACAGAGAAGUUGAAAAUCUUAGUUUGGAAGUGGUCCGUGACACUGAUGAAGUAGAGGUCAUUCCUGUCAAAUCAACCAGAGGACGUGCACAGAAGAGGAAACAAAUUGAAAUGGAUAUGGAUGAAGAAGAUGAGUUACAGGUGUUGAAUGUCACAACCAGAAGUCGAGCAGAAGCUUCAGAACGUUCAGAUUUGAACAACCAGAUUAUGUCUCCACAAGCACCUCAGACACCAGCAGCCCCAGCACCUGUUGAAGAGCUUCAGCCACCAACGCCUGCUGCUCCCCCACCUGAACUCAUUACCAUUGAUGAGCCUGUUGAGGUGGCAGCACCUCAUACUCCAGCCCCAGCAACACCAGCUCCACCACCAGCUGAUAUUGCAGACAUCCCCUCAGUUGCACCACAGACACCAGCACCUGCAACACCUGCUGCACCUCCUCUCCAGAGCCCAACAUCAGUCCAGGCAGAAACACAUGAAGCAAAUCAGACACCAGCACAUACCACUCCCUUCCAGUCCCCAGUGCAUAUGGUGGACACUGAAAACCACGGCUACAGUGAGAAUCAACCUCCUUUGGAGAACCGUGACUAUGAGAAUGCCCAUCCACCUGCCAAUACUCCUGGAGCUCAUUCUGAUGGAGGACCCCGUUCUGUAUAUUCAGAACAUCCAAACACACCAGGACCACAUACAAGAGUAGAAGAGGAGGAGGAAGAGGAGGAGCAAGCUGAUGACGAAACAUAUGAACAGUUUGAAGAACGUGUUGUAAACAAGAGAGCAGCUCACAUGUUCCACACAAUCCGGAGGAAAAUUGGGACUAGUAAAAACAACAAAAGCAAGAGCAUAAACUUCACAGACUUUGUGCAGAAAAACAAUAGAAAGCAGGUGGCUCAGAAAUUCUACACGAUGCUUGUGUUGAAGAAGUUGCAGGCAGUUGAAUUGCAUCAAGAAUCUGCCUUCAGUGAAAUUCUCAUUAGUCCUGGACCAAUGUAUGAUAACCCUUCACUGUAAACUGAUACAAAUAUCUAUUUUAUUAUAAUGCAGUUUGGGAAAAUUUUUUAUUGGUGUUGCCCAUUUCCUAUACAUAUUCAUAGUUGGGCAUGUAGUCAGACACUGGUGUUCAGUUUACAGAGGUGAUAAUGAAUACUUUUCACCAGAAUCACAAAAUACAAUUAAUUUUUGGUGCAGAAGAUAUCGAAGAACAAUCCUGUCAAGUUUUAUGUACACUUGAGAAAUUGAAGCAAGUGUUUAAGAGAAUUGUUUUCUGUGAAAACAGUUUUAGAAAAAGAGAAGUUUAAGCCAUUUUAAAUAUUGUCAUGCAUUGGGUGGAUGUUCACACAGCAAUUGCUGGUAAUUGCAGUAUGUUUUUGUGAAAUUCAAAAAUACAUAUUACAGAUGAAUAAACUAGGAGAGAAGUAGUAGUCUACAUGUUAACAUGUUAUUCUUGUAUAAAAUCUAAAUCUGUCUUACCAAAAUUUUUUAUUAUUUCAAGGAGGUAAGGGGAGGUUAAUGAUAAAACUUAGCAGUUAAGUUUUUUGUGAUCUAGUGGUUUGUAACAUGAAAUGUUACAGGGAUUUGUUGGGAUGUGAAUUCUUGUCAUAAAAUUCAUGGCCCACAAGCUUUCCGAUGGCCUUAAAAGAAAAGAUGGUUUUUAACUUUGUGUGAUGUUUGUUGCAAUGUAAAAGGAAUUAGAGAAAGAUUGGAUAUCACUAGCAUGAUUUGUAAGACAGUCGGUAUCCAGUAGUGACAGUCAUAUUAGGUUUUUUUUUUAUAUAAUAUAUAUAUAUAUAUAGAAUAGGGUUUAUAGUCAGACUGUUAAUUUUUAGUAUGGGUGCUGAGCUUGUACUUACAGCCAGUUACCAUUCCCAUAUUGAUGCAUAGCAAACUCUAUGUUUGAUUCUCACGUUUGAUAACUUGGUUAGAUAUGUUUAGAUCCACCUCCUUCAUAGUUUGCCAAUGUCAUGUGAUGUAAAUUGAUUGCUGUGUGGACAUGGAGUGAUUUUCAGCAAAAGUUUUUUGUAUUGAUUUCAUAUGCAAACUUAAUGGUAAGGAUAAAGAUGUCCUGCUUUAAGAGCAAGUACUGUACAUAAAAUAUAAGUUUUACAAAAAAAAAAAAAAAAAAAAGUUACUCGUUGCAAUGAACAUUUUAUGGCUAACUUUGUCAGGGUUUCUUUGGGACAAUCAGAUGUUUUGCCUGAGAAUAGCAAGUGUUAGCUGAACUUGCGAUGAUGGAAGUUCACUCUCUACGAGUAUAUCACUUCAAGAAUGAGAGUAUGUACUUGCAUGCAAAUUAAGCGUAUAGUUAUGAACGUUAAGUGAAUUGAAGAGAAUUAUUUUUAUUUUAUUAAUUUUCUCCAGUGGAAGGAAUGGGACUGGAUAUCAUUUGAGCAUUUAUUUUCACACCAUACUCUAUACUUGCAUACUUUAGUCCGACCAUAUUUUUAUGUGCAUUAUUUUGUGGUGUCAAUUUGUUUUAUUUAAGAAAUGCGUAAAUAUUUUAGUUGGUUUGUAUAGGAUCAACCCAUGCAGAGUAGGUACCGCAUUGCAAGUGAAGAUUUCCAUUUGUAAAUAAACAUAUUCUUAGUUGCACUGUACCAUAUACUGUAGUAUCUGGCUGUACUUGAGUGCAGGUUUUCUGGAUUUAGGUAUUCACUCGGGGAAAAUUUCUGCUCACCCCAGUUAUGACCUCAGGUGAUGGUAUUCUUUAUUAUCAUAGACUCAGAGAAAAGCAACUGAAAGGAUAGAGCAGAAAUUUUAAGAUGCCCCGGAUUUUGAUGAAGUACAAAUUUGUUUUUUACCACAGAUAUUAUUUCUUGUUUUGAUUUUAUAUCAGGCAUUGAUCAUAUCACACUGAGAAUAUCUAAUUUUUAGGAAGGUGCACAUUCAUUUGUGGGUUCAUUUAGUGGAUUUUAAUAGUGAUUCUCAUUGUGGGUUGAUCACAUGUCUGUGCCUACAACAGUGUUAUGCAAAAUAGUAAUCAUUUGAAAAAUAGUGUUAGGAGCUGUCUGUUUGCCAAUGUCAUCUAUUUACUUUUUAUAGCUUAUCUCUGGUUGAACUAUUUGUGAUACCAGCACAGUGCAGAACAUAGUUCAAAUUGUGUUCUUUGCAAACUAUGAAAAAUUGGUUGAAUGGUUUUUUCCUUAUAGCUUUACAGCAAGGUUUAUAUAGUUUUCCCUGCCCCCAAAUAUUUGAAAUUUUUAAUUUUUCUGAUUUUUAAAAAUUUUCUUAUGAUUUUAAAAAUUGUUUGAUACAUUUAACAAUAUGAUUUCUGUGCUUUUCCUAAGGGUUUUGGAUUUAGUUGAAAUUAGGAGAGCAAUUUUCUUGGGUUUUGGAUUUAGUUGAAAUUAGGAGAGCAAUUUUCUUGGGAUUGAAAUAGGAGAGCAAUUUUCUUGGGUUUGAAAUAGGAGAGCAAUUUUCUUGGGUUUGAAUUAGGAGAGCAAUUUUCUUGGGUUUUGGAUUUACUUGAAAAUGAGGAGAUUAAUUUUCUUAUCUACUUUAAAUAAUUUUUUUUUUGUAGAAGUGGAGAUAUGUAUUUUGUAUGGUUGUUGUGUGAUAAAAAGUUUACUGUGUAAAUGAACUUUAUAUGUCAAAUAAUAGAGGUAAUAUUACAUCUGUACUCUGAUAAAUCCAGUCAUACACCAUUACUGUAUUGCACAUGCUUUACCACUCUUCUGCUUUUGUAUUUGGAGGGAAUGAAAAUGUAGUCUAAUAAUACGUUUAAAACAUUUAAAAUUAUGUAGACCAGUAUAUGGGUAUUGUUAUAACUGCUGUGUGGGUUUCUCAGAUUCUUUCAUGUGUACUUUAGAGGAUAUGCCUCAGACAUUAUUAUACACAAACACUUUAAAUGCACAGAAGAUAACUGACAGUUUAGUAUGGAUGUGUGCUUGAUUUUGAUAUGGCAUACUUUUAAACAUCGUAAAUCCUAUUUUGGAGGUGUUUGAAACUUUAGCUAUGACAACCUUAACUGUGCCAGCUCCCCUCAUACUGUGAAAUAAGAAAACAGUUGUAGCUUGCAUCCUGAUGGUUUAGCAUCUCCUUGAAUUGUGGAAGGUACUUUUAACAAUUACAGUACUUUGUCAAUGAAAAGGAAGAAUAUGCCAAAAAAAGGAUAAUAAAUGAGUAACCAGAGGUUUACUAUAUAGUUACAUUAAAUACUCAAAUUUAGCUAAAAUCAAAGAAAAUCUCAUAUAUCUUGUUUACUGAUUCUGGUAUAUCUUGUUUACUGAUUCUGGUAUAUUCUGAAGACAAAAUUAUUCACGUUCAUAUAAUUUGGUAGGGUAUACUUGCUAGAUGUAUAUAAAUAAGGUAAGUAAUCUUAUAUUAUUAUAGCCAGGGAUGACUUACUUUCAGGUGAAUGACAUGAAAUUGUAAAUAACAUAUUUGUAAAAACACUUAAUUAUAUAGUUAUAUUAAAUACUCAAAUCUUGCUGCUAAAAGUCAAAGAAAAUAUCCCCUAUAUCUUGUUCACUUGAUUCGGGUAAAUUCUGAAUAGAAAAUUAUUCAGGUUCAAUCAUUUAUUAGGGUAUAUGUGGAUGAUUACGGUAGGUAAUACUUUUGGGUGCAGAUUGAGGUUAGGCACAGUUAAAAGUUUGUUCUUGAAAAACUUAUCACUGCUAAACCUAGGCCUAUUUGCAUUUAUUCUUUCUGUUAGAAGCUUGAUCUUUCAGUGGUUAUCUGUAGGAUUAAAUGAAAGUUUUGAAUUAUGUAAAAUGACGUUAAAGCUCAUAAUUUACCUUCAAGAGAUAGUUUUCAUGGUUUAUGACUGGUAGUCGAGACUGUGUAUGCAUUCAUUUAGUUGUAAUGCAGUUGCAUGCUGUUAGGUAAUGAGGUUCGUGUAAUAUUACCUCUAUUUGGAAGGUGUGUGUAUGUUUGGUAGGCUAAGAUAUAUUUGAUGGAAUUCUGUCCAGUUUUGGUUUUGCUAUUGAGUAUAUUAAAAAUUUGUACUAAUUUUGUAGAUUCAUAAUUUUCCCCAGGUGUGAAGUUAUAAAUGUGAAAAUAGUUUUAUAAGUGGUCACUAGUAGAAAUAAAAAAAGGGCAAUUUUUUUUUUUUGGUGAUCAUGGAAUUGGUUAUAUGAAAUUUAGAUAAAGAGAAUAUUUAUAGAAUAUUAUAUUGAAUACAAUGUAGAAACAAA